CCAGCAGGCAUCGGGCUUAGUUGUGCGUAGACAAUUGUUCGGUAACGAACGCGGGGAAGGUGAUAUGAUAUCACUUUGCACAGUGAAUGUACGAUCAAUCUGCUUGUGAACGUACGGCCAAUUCACUUGACAGGCAAGAAGUGUGAAAGUCCAAGAUCCCUUUUCUACGUACGUUGUCCAGUUUCACGCUUCGAAAGGCAUUGCUUGACUUGACGACACAAUAAACACGUAGGAGCGCAUUGCAGAAAGCCGCAAGUGUUGGAAAAUCGAUGUCUACCGUUUCGUAGCCCACCACGUGCAUACGCAGCUAUGAAUUCAAUCGUAGGCAUGUGUAACGAUCGAAACGCCUCGUGCAGUAAUCGUAUUAAGGAUCUACGAGUAAUUGGAGAAACGUAUACGCAUGAGAAGUAAGAGAAGCAAGAGGAGAGCGUGUGACAACGUCAACGUGGAUAGAUAUCGGAAAGGGAUUUGAUAUCCUGUAAUACAGAAAGUACACGGACAUAAUGCCCGAGGGUCGAGGGAGCGCGGUGCAUGGCGUUAUGCCACCGCACUAUCUGCACGAGUUGCCGGCAGAGGACGAGAAGAGGUUUGAAAAGAUAUUUCAGAAACUAGACCUCGAUGGAAAUGGAAGAAUCGACGUGAAAGAUCUGUCGAAGGCACUUCGUAAUGUUGGUGUCGAUAAAUAUUACGCGGAGAAAUUUUUGGCCAGUUCUGACAGUACUAAGAGCGGCGACAUUACACUUGCCGAAUUUAUACACUAUGUACGCGAACACGAGAAAAAUCUGCGCCUACAAUUCUCUCAUCUCGACAAGAAUAAGGAUGGUAAAAUCGAUCUAGAGGAAUUAAUAAAAGCAUUCGAAGAAUUGGGAAUAAAGAUGGAUUACAACGAAGCAAAGAAAUUGUUGCAGCGAAUGGACAAAGAUGGAAGUCUCACUAUAAGUUUCAACGAGUGGCGAGAUUUUUUGCUUUAUGCACCGAGUACUGAUCUUCUGGGUCUUAUUGAAUACUGGCAUCACACCAACUAUAUGGAUAUUGGGGAGGAUAUCGGUGUUCCGGAGGACUUCACAACUGGUGAAAUGGUUUCUGGAAUGUGGUGGCGGCAUUUGGUGUCUGGUGGUGUAGCAGGUGGUGUAUCACGCACAUGUACCGCGCCUCUGGAUCGUGCCAAGGUUUAUCUACAAGUUCAUGGAACGCAACACUGCAAAAUCAAAAGUUGCUUCAGGUAUAUGCUGCGCGAGGGUGGCUAUAUUAGUCUGUGGAGAGGAAAUGGUAUAAACGUACUUAAAAUUGCACCAGAGAGCGCGCUGAAAUUCAUGGCUUACGAGCAAAUUAAAAGAACGAUUAAAGGAGACGACGUGAGAGAGCUUGGACUUUAUGAACGAUUGAUGGCUGGUUCUUUAGCCGGAGGGAUCAGUCAGUCAGCCAUAUAUCCACUUGAGGUGCUUAAAACUAGAUUCGCACUGAGGAAAACGGGAGAGUAUUCAGGCUUAAUAGACGCAACAAGGAAGAUAUAUAAGCAAGGCGGUUGGAAAUCUUUUUAUAGAGGCUAUGUUCCUAAUUUAAUGGGAAUAAUUCCGUACGCUGGUAUCGACUUGGCUGUGUACGAAACUUUGAAGAACAGGUAUUUACAAACACAUGACAAAAAUGAACAGCCACCCUUUUGGAUUUUAUUAUUAUGUGGAACAGCUUCGAGCACAGCCGGCCAAGUGUGCUCGUAUCCAUUAGCACUAGUCAGAACGCGGUUACAGGCAGACGUAUCGCAAGAACAGCCUAAUACUAUGGUUGCUGUUUUUAAGAAUAUUAUUAAGAACGAAGGGAUUCGCGGUUUGUACAGAGGUUUAACUCCGAACUUUUUAAAGGUGGCACCAGCCGUGUCGAUUAGUUACAUAGUAUAUGAAACCGUCAGGGAUUUUUUGGGUGUAAAUAUGACGUGAUGAUUAUUUAUUUUAGGUGAUAUUAAUUUAACUAAAUUAUUCUUUAACUACGUCAUAAGAUAUUCAAACAAGUCAGUCGUUGGUUACUAUAUUAAGCAAUUCGGCAUAUCCUGCCUUUUAUUAUAUGUAAUAUCGCUUAUUUAUUGUUAACUCGAAGCUUCUACGAUUAUUUAAACAUUUGCCAUUCUAUUUUUCAAGUGUAUCAUACUAUUGAACAUAUAGAACAUAUUUAUAACAAAUUUUCAUAUAAGGAAAUGAAUAUAAUAAUAAAUGGCCAGCAUGAGGAAUUUUAAUUAACCUUCGAAGGAGUAAACGCAAGGAGUGUAUAAAUUAGUUUAAUUGUAUUUAUUGUGACUUACACUCAUAUUUUGCUUCCUUGAAGAAGAACGAAAAUGUAGAUUCAUAAUUUCAAAAUAGAAAUGAUAGUACAAAGACCAUUAGAAGAAGAAAAAAGUAUUAUGUUAUAAUUUCAGUUUUUCAGUUUUUCAGCGGGAAGGAAACGAAGGUAAUAAAAAAGCUGAUAGUUAUAGUUAAGCAAGAAGAAAAAAAAUUCUUCGUACGAUUUGAAAGUUAGGUAAUUUACAUAUGAAAAUGUAAUUUUAUGAAAAUAUAAAGGAAUGUAUUACUUAAUACAUUACGUAAUGUUACAUAUUCUGAAAAUAGAAGAAUCGAGUUAUAUUAUUACUGUGAUAUGUAUGGUUAUAAGCUAAAUUGGAAAUAUAAUUCAAUGCAUAACAUCCUAUCAAUUUAAAAACAAUUUGUUUAAUUUUUAUUGUAAUUCUUCCAGUAUUUUUAAUAAUAAUAAUGAUGAUAACAAUACUAAUAGUAAUAAUAAUAAUAAUAUUCAAUAUUCAAGGUGUUAUGCGAUGAGUUAUUGCAGACACUGCACACUUAUAAUUUAUGUGUUAAACUUGUUCCAUGAGCGAUGUUCUAUUCUCGAUAUUACAUUUGUUACGUGCAUUGUUUUAACAUAAUUCUCUAACUAAUGAAUCUUGUAAACAAGUUAUAUAUAAUAUAUUGUAUGUAUUAUAAAUAUGUAUAUUUAGAUUCCAAAGAAGUGCAUCACGAUAUAACAUUAUAUUCGUGCCUGUUUACUUCUUUCUUCAAAGUAAUCAUAAAAAUAAUUGUGAGUGUUGAGUGAUUAUGAUAAAGAAUAAUAGUUUUGCAAUUCAAUUUCGGAGCGUUAGAUAUUGUUCUUAUAUGUAUUCUUAAAAAUCAAAGACACCCUUUUACUUUUUCAAUCGCAUUUUUAAUACAAAAGACGAAAUGUAAUGAAGUUAAAAAUUAUAAAAUCCAUUUUAUCAGGGUAAUUUUAGCAUUUAAAUUAAAUAUAUUGUAUAGAAAUAUUUAACUGAAUAUUUUCGAUUACUUUUUAGGCCAAUAGAAUGUUCGUUUUGUUCUUAAGUAAAAUUCUUCAUAAUUCAUAUGAAUUUAGGAUUAUAAAAAAAAUAAUUUGACGUGAAAUUAAAACGUUUUACGGAGUUGAUAUAUAUUACGACGAAACUGACAAUUGGAUCUUGUAAAAGAAAUGUGAAUUUUUUUUUUUUUUUUAGUUCUUUUCAUGGUUUGAUAUCCAUUGUACACAUAAGAUUUUUGUAAAAAAAUAAAGAUAAUUUAUUAAAUUAUUGCAAAAACUU